AUGUUUCUCGCUGUAGCUAUAUUAAUUGUUGUCUGUUCGUCUUUGCAAAUCUCCCACAAUUUCUCAAUAUUAUCUGAGUUUCUGGCAUUUUCUUUUCUCUUACCUUCUCUAAUUUUCCUCCCUGGCAUUUUUAUUUUAAUUCUCUUUCCCUCUCUGUUUUCUCUUCUUUCUUUUUUUUCACUUCUCUUUCUCUCUCUCUCUCUCUCUCUCUCUCGUCCUUUCACCCUCAUUUUGAUUCUAUCUCUUAAUUCUUUCUCUUUUUCCUCUUCUAUUUUUCUUUCUUUUUUUUUUCUCACUCUUCAGUCUUUCUCCUCUCUCUCUCUCUCUUGUUUUUUUUUUCUCUUUUCUUUCUUUCCACUUUCCUUUGCUCUUUUUCAAUCUCCCGUUUCUUUCUUUAAUUUCGAUAUUUUUUUUUGUCCUUUUUCUGUCUUUUUCUUUUUGGCCACUCUUACUACAGUUUUUCUCUCUCUCUGUUUUUUUAUUGGUCUAUCUAUGAAUUCUCUUAAAUUUUCUCUUAAAAAAAUUUUUUAUCUGAUUCUUUUCUCUCUCUCAAAUAUCUGA